GGCAGCGCCACAAAAAAUCCAGAACUUCAGAGUGAAUUCAUUCUUCAUUCUAUGGCUGACAGAUUGGAGGAGAAAUAGUGAUCUGUUCAUGGCUUCCUCAUUCCCAAAUCCUUCCUUCGGCCAUUGCUCCUUCGUAGCACCAUCCAAUCCAUCCUCAUCUACGCACUUCCCCUUAUCUUUUCCGCGCCCUUCUUCCCUCGCUGCCUUCCCUCCAAUUUCAUCCACCAAAAAUGGGUCCGUUUCGAAAAUUCGUGCCAAGUUCGAGAAAUUUCAAGGCGAGAUUCCCCAGGAUGAUACACAAGAACCCAAUCCGUCAAUGUCGUUGCAACAACAAGAACAACAGCCUUCUGUGAGUCAAGAGGUUGAAGAAGAUGACAGCUGCUUGCCUUCAGACUUGGAGGGAGCAGUCAGGCAAUCUGGUGAAGCUGCUGGUUUGUUUGUGUCUUCAGGAGGACUAAGAGCAAUAGUUGAGCUCCUUAUCCCCCAGCUACAGUUUCUGGACGAUGAAGGUGCUCAAGCUGAACUCUGGGAACUGUCCAGAGUUUUCUUGGAGUCAGUCAUUGAGGAAACAAAAUGUGAGAAAGUUAAAGCUGUGUUUCCAGAUGCUGGGGCCGCUGCACUUCUUGAAUAUCGAUGGAAAGAUGCUUCCUUCAAAAUUUCCAGCUUAAGCGACCGAAAACCUGUAGAUACUGCAGAUGAGAUAGUUGUCAUGGUUGUUCCUGAUUACCAAAUGUUGGAAAAUGUGGAGAAAAUAGCAGCUGCCCUCUCGGAUGAUCCGCCAAGGCCUCUUAUCAUGUGGAAUCCCCGUCUCAUCAGCGAAGAUGUAGGGGUCGGAUUUAACGUUCGAAAAUUGAGAAGAUACUUUUUAAGCACAUUUACAACAGUCUACUCCAUGAGGCCUUUGCCAUCUGGUGCUGUAUUUAGAGCUUAUCCUGGGUUGUGGAAAGUGUUCUUUGAUGAUAAAGAUAGGCCAGGCAGAUAUUUGCUUGCCAAAGAAUUAAUAAGCCGUCCGGAUGCUGGAGACCUCGAGAUAAUAUUUGGAAAUGUAGCAGAGUCAAACGACCCGUCAUUUUUCGACAAAGCAGCUGGAGUUCUCUCUUCCGUAACCCGAUUCAUGAAAGCAAUUUCAAGAUUUCUUACCUUCUUAAACUUCUUGAGUUUUCUGAAAAAGGGAAGAGAGAGUAAAAAAAUGUUGUCCAAAGAGGAGAAGAAGAUCAAAGGCGAAGUGGUUUUGAUGAAAAGCAAUGUUUUGGACUUCAACGAUUUUCAUGCUUCGUUUCUCGAUCGUCUUCACGAAUUUCUUGGUCAACGAGUUUCUCUCCAACUUGUUAUAGCCGUUCAUGGCGAUCAUAGCAAUGGGUCGAGGGGUAUAUUGGGAAAGACAGCUUAUUUGGAGGAUUGGAUCACUACAAUAACUCCAUUAACGGCUGGGGAAGCUACCUUCAAUGUUACAUUUGAUUGGGAUGAAGAAGAGAUGGGAAUUCCUGGUGCUUUCUUCAUUAGAAACGAUCAUCAUAGCGAGUUCUAUCUUAAAUCUCUAACACUUCGACACGUUCCCGGCUAUGGAAGAAUCUAUUUCCUUUGUAAUUCUUGGGUUUACCCUUUUCAUACCAGCAAAAAAGAUCGGGUUUUCUUCGUCAACCAGACCUAUCUUCCAAGCGAAACACCAGAGCCGCUUCGUAAGUUGAGAGAAGACGAGUUGCAGAGCUUGAGAGGAGAUGGCAAUGGCGAACUCGAAGAAUGGGAUAGGGUUUAUGAUUAUGCUCUCUAUAACGACCUUGCUGAUCCAGAUAAAGGUUCAGAAUACGCUCGUCCCGUCCUUGGCGGCUCGACCAACUAUCCUUACCCUCGGAGAGGAAGAACCGGACGACCGCCGACUAAAUCUGAUCCGGAAACUGAGAGCAGAAUACCACUUGUUCAGAGCUUAAACAUUUACGUUCCGAGAGAUGAGAGAUUUGGUCACGUGAAGUUAUCCGAUUUUCUUGCUUAUGCGUUGAAGACAGUAUCGCAGUUUAUCAAACCUGGCCUCGAAGAAUACUUUGAUGCCACUCCGGGUGAGUUCGACAGCUUUCAGGACGUUCUUGAUCUCUAUGAAGGAGGAUUUCGAGUGCCGGAUGGUUUGUUUAAGGUUAUCAGGGAAAACAUUGCGGCUCCGUUGAUCAAGGAAAUUUUUAGAACUGAUGGUGAAGGGCUCUUCAAAUUCCCUAUGCCUCAAGUGAUUAAAGAGGAUAGAUCUGCAUGGAGGACCGAUGAAGAAUUUGGUAGAGAAAUGCUGGCCGGAGUGAAUCCUGUAGUCAUUCGUCGUCUCCAAGUGUUUCCACCAACGAGCAAGCUUGACCCUGAAGUUUAUGGUGAUCAAAACAGCAAGAUAACUGAAGAACACAUAAUUCAUAACUUGGAUGGAUUUACGGUAGAAGAGGCAAUCAAUAAGAACAGGUUGUUUAUAUUGGAUCACCACGAUUCACUGAUGCCAUACCUUAGACGAAUUAAUACAACUUCCACAAAGACUUAUGCUAGUAGAACCCUACUUUUCCUUAAAGAAGAUGGGACUCUGAAGCCAUUGGCAAUCGAACUGAGCUUGCCAAAUCCUCGGGGAGAUGAAUAUGGAGCGGUUAGCAAGGUUUUUGUUCCAGCCGAACAAGGGGUUGGUAGGUCAAUCUGGCAACUUGCCAAAGCUUAUGCGGCGGUAAAUGACUCUGGCUACCAUCAACUCAUCAGCCAUUGGCUGAAUACUCAUACUGUAAUUGAGCCGUUUGUGAUUGCAACGAACAGACAACUAAGUGUUCUUCAUCCAGUUUACAAGCUUCUCCAUCCCCACUUUCGAGACACCAUGAAUAUAAACGCGCUUGCUAGACAGAUACUCAUUAAUGCAGGUGGCCUUUUAGAAGCAACAGUUUUUCCGUCCAAAUAUUCCAUGGAGAUGUCAGCUGUUCUAUAUAAGGACUGGGUUUUUCUUGAACAAGCGCUCCCUGCAGAUCUCAUCAAGAGAGGAAUGGCAAUUGAGGAUUCAAAUUCUCCACAUGGAGUUCGUCUCGUAAUUGAGGAUUAUCCAUAUGCUGUCGAUGGACUUGAGAUCUGGUCAGCAAUCAAGACAUGGGUUACAGAUUAUUGUUCUUACUAUUACAAGACUGAUGAAACCGUGCGGGAUGACUCGGAACUUCAGUCUUGGUGGAAGGAACUUAGGGAGAAAGGUCAUGGUGACAAGAAAGAUGAACCGUGGUGGCCUAAAAUGCAGAAUAUUUCUGAGUUAAUAGACACAUGUACUAUCAUUAUAUGGAUUGCUUCGGCUCUUCAUGCUGCAGUGAACUUUGGACAAUACCCUUAUGCAGGUUAUCUUCCCAAUCGACCGACUAUAAGUCGGAAGUUCAUGCCAGAAGAAGGCACUCCCGAGUAUAAAGAACUUGAAUCAGACCCCGAUAAAGCCUUCUUAAGAACAAUCACUGCGCAACUACAAACUCUUCUCGGUGUCUCGUUGAUAGAGAUUUUGUCAAGGCAUUCGUCUGAUGAGGUCUAUCUCGGCCAAAGAGACUCCCCUGAGUGGACUACAGACAAAGUACCACUCGAAGUGUUCGAGAAGUUCGGGAAAAAGUUGGCCGAGAUCGAAGAAGCAAUAACCAAAAGAAAUGAAGAUUUGACAUUGAAAAACAGAGCUGGACCAGUCCUGAUGCCCUACACUUUGCUGUAUCCAUCUGGUGAUGAAGGGCUCUCAGGGAGAGGAAUUCCCAACAGCACCUCCAUUUAAACCUCUUCUUUGAAUAAGGUACACAGAAGUGGCUAUUAUCAUUCACUAAAGUAUGGUAAAUUAUGUUCAAUAAAGUGCAGUAUGUUCAAUAAGUGUUUGAAGCAAUGAUAUUUUAGUAAAUUAUGUUAAAAUCAGGAAAGUAUGGCGAGAUUAUGACUCUAACAUUUCCUUGCAUCCUCGAUGAUGUGAUCUCGUUAGCUACUUGAUUUGAACUGCUUCAUAGAUUGACAACUA